AUGCGCUCCACUGCCCGGCACCGCAGCGCCUGCGGAGCACUGUGGGACCUUCGCGGAGGACGGAGUGAAUCUGCACAAAAUGCCUUUGCGGCUACAUCUCCUCCUUUCAUUGACUACCUGAAGGAUAUUCUGCGCAGGUAUCCUGAUGGUGGCCAAAUACUGAAGGAGCUGAUCCAGAAUGCAGACGAUGCAGGUGCCACAGAGGUCGUCUUUAUCCACGACGAGAGAGCCUAUGAAAGCCAGGCUCUUUGGACUGAUCUCCUGCAGAAGUAUCAAGGCCCCGCCCUCUAUGCCUUCAACAACGCAGAGUUCACCGAGCAGGACUGGAGUGGCAUACAGGCCACCGGCAGGAGCGUCAAGCGCAACGAUCCCAACAAAGUGGGCAGGUUUGGGAUUGGAUUCAACUCUGUUUAUCAUGUCACAGAUUUACCAUGCAUAUUCAGUGGCAAAUACUUUGCCAUGAUGGACCCCCAGGAGAAGAUAUUUGGUGAGGGAAAUGGAGGCUUCCGCUGGUCUCUGUGUGAUGAGGAAGAAAGAGAAACACUGUUGCUCCUGCAGGAUCAGUUCCAGCCUUUUAGAGACAUUGUGGGGCAGGUCAGCGGCCACACAUGGGAAGAUGCUGUCGGCGAAGACCAGCACUUCUCUGGAACUCUGUUUCGCUUCCCCUUGCGGAAUGACCCCUCAGAGAUUUCAGAGAACUUGUACUACUCUGAGAAGGUGGUCCAGCUCUUCGACAGUUUCAUUGCAGAUGCAGACCUGAGCCUUCUCUUCUUGAGAAACGUCGCUUCGGUGGCCCUGAUGCACAUAGAUUCAAAUGGCUCUGUCAACGUCAGGCUGAAAGCGGCUGCAUCAAGCCCUGCUGUCAAUGCAGUCUUUGUACCAAGAACAGAUUCAGCUGCUAUAGGAUCAACUCAUUUCAAGAUUGUGUCCACCUCCUGUGGACAGCGGGCAGAAGCACAGGCCCCCUGGCUUGUGACUGCAUGCUGCAUGGCGGAAGGGAAGGUACCAGCGCUUGACUUGCUAGCUGAGAAGUUAAGCUUUCUCCCCCUGGUUCAUGUGGCAUUCCCCUUAGAUCAGGACAAAGCACUGACUGAUGGGAGACUCAGCUGUUUUCUGCCCCUCCCAAACAACGAGUCCAACAGGACAGGACUCCCGGUCCAUGUGAACGCCUGCUUCGGCCUCACAGACAACAGGAGACACAUUAAAUGGCAGGAGGAAGACCAGAGGUACGACGAAGCCGCACAGUGGAAUGAGCUGCUGGUGAAAGAGGUCCUUCCUCACGCUUACCACAUGCUCAUCCUGGACGCCAUCCACCUCUCCAGACGCUCAGACGCCAUGGCGGCCUCCACAGUGUACCACAGCUGGCCGGACAUUGUUCUGAUGAAGCACAAGGCGAAGUGGCAGGAGAUCGCCAUGGAUAUGCUGCAGCAUCUACUGCAGCUGAGUGUCCUGUCUCUGGCCAGAGAUGAGAAUGAGUGGGUGAAGCCCACAGAAGCCCUGUUCUUCCCCGAUGGCAACAUGGACCCUCAGGUGAGGAAAGCUGUGGCUGAUCUCCUGAUAUCUGAGGGAGAGAAACUCGUCUUUAUUCCACCACAUGUUUCCAGAGCCAUUCAGCGGGCUUUCCGAGAGCGUGAUAGCCUGAGCUGGGUGACCCCAGGGUUCGUCCGUGAUGUCCUCCGCAAGACUGACCUCAGGGAGCUCUCCAGAGGUGACAAGCUCCUCCUCCUGGAAUACGUGCUGGAGGAUGGGAAGUACCAGCAUCUGUCAGGCCUGCAGCUGCUGCCAGUCAGUGACGGCACCUUCAGGUCCUUCAUAAACGAUGCAGAGAACUUGGUUCUGAUUGACACUGAUGAAUUUCCACGAGUGUUGCUUCCAAUGUUCAAAGGUUCAUUUUUACAUAAGGAUAUAAGGAGCAGUGUUCUGGACCAUAUAAAGCAGCUGACCCAAACUAGAAUGUACAAAAUAUUUUUUUUGGAUACCAGAAGAGUGGGUUUUCAUGCCAAAUCCUCCCUGCCUGAGGGUUGGAGACAGUCACAUGGCCAUGUGACCUGGGAGAUAGGGAGCAGUCUGCAGCCGCCCGUGCAGUGGCUGAAAGCUUUCUGGAACUUCCUCAGGGUUCACGCCACAGAGCUGAACUCGUUUAUCGAGAUGCCCCUGAUUCCUCUGGAGCCCAUUCACGAGACCACUGAGUUUGCAAUGUUAGCAAGGCUGCAGGAGAACUCAACACUGAUGUUUCAGAACGGCAGAUACAGUAGCUUACCUUCAGCAGUCGCCGAAACAGUUGCCAAGCUGGGGGGGACAGUCAUCCAGAGGAGGGAUGAGUGUCUGCAGCAUCAGGACCUGGAGACCUACGUCUUGAGCCCCUCCCCACAGAAUGUCCUGCGCUUGUUCCUCAAUUUAGGGGUUCAGCACGUCAUAGGAGGGAUGGAUGCUGCCUCAUUACAGGAAAGGGAAGAACUGAAAUCCUAUUUUUCUUCUCUGGCCUCUGUCAGCGCUGAGGGGCGGUGGCUCCUCUCCUCACUGCCUCUCUUCCGACCGAUGCCAUCUCUGUCAGGUGGCUUCACGCGGUUCCUGUCUGCACAGUCCACGCAGGCUGUGAUUCUGAACUGCGUACCAGCCCUCCCCACAGACCUGCUCAUGCCCGAUACAGUCAUACAGUGCAGCACUGAGGCAGAUCGCAGGCUGCUCUCCCUGCUGAACGUCAGACUCCUGAACACAGCCCAGGCCACCGUUGUCAUGGUUAAUGGCAUUCAGCAAGGACUUUACCAAAGGGAAGAUGCCAACAACAUAAUGACUUGGUUACUACAUCAUGGAAACAUUCUCUUUUCUAUGGAGGAAGCCUUAUACCUGAAAUGCAAGAACAUGUGCUUCACUGAGACACAGGGAGGACAACACAAAAAAGCUUCAGAUCUUUUUGAUCCAGACAAUAGCACAUUUCAAGCUCUGUUUGACUCAGACUGCUUUCCUCCUCCUCUCUUCACAAGGACACGUCAAAUGUUGGAGAGCCUACAGCGCCUUGGACUGAAGACCAGAGAAACAGAUGUCAGACCCAACGAUGUCCUUCACGUUGCAAUGCAGAUUGAGUCGUCACGGCUUCGUUGUUGGGAGAGCGCUAUGUCAAAAGCAGAAGCUCUGAUUGGCCUUUGCAAUCAGACAGAUGUGCUUUCUAAAUUCUCAGAAGAGCAGAUCAUGCAGCUCUCAAGCAUUAAUUGGUUUCCUUGCAACAUUCCAGAAUUCCUGAAUGGAGCCCACGAGGGAAAGACCCAAAGGAAAAGCUUCUAUAAGCCGAAUGAUGUGAGACAUUCAAGGUUCUCCCCGAUCGUGGGUCAUGUCAUGCCUCUUGCAUACUCCGAUGAAGUGAAUCACAAACCAAGUCUGAAACUCGGACUUCUCAGGCCACCUCCUGCUUAUAAGGUGUUUGAAAAUUUAUCUGCUCUGAAGUCAAUGGUGUCCACCAUGCAUGAUCCAGACACCAAUGCACAUUUCAGGGAAGAGUUGCAUAGCAUGUACAGAUUCAUGCAAGAUAAUGUUGCACAUUUUAAACAAAUAAUUAAUGACAAAAACAUGUCUUGGCUGUGGAUAAAGUGUCAGUUUGUUUCCCCAUGUAAUGUGGUUUUAGUGUAUCCACCUGAAAUAGAUCUCACCUCUUACAUUGACAGAGUGCCAGAUGACUUCCUGCAGUACUCAAAGUUGUUAACAGAGUUUGGAGCAAAAGCAUCUCUGGCAGACAGGGAGGUUGAGGAAAUACUUCACAGGAUCAAACACAGAAUUGACAAGAGACAUCCAUCACAUGGAACACCCUCUGAACUGAAAGUGGCCAUAGCUAUUCUUAACUGGAUGCGGAGAGGAAAGAAACCAUACCAAGAGGAUCUCCCAGUACCAGUAAUGGCCGAAAACCAAGAGUUCAGCCUUCAACCGUUGUCUGCCGCUGUCUUUUGUGAUAUCACUGAGGAAGGGCUGGAGGAUCUGAGAGAAGAACAUGAGGUGUUCCACGUGGUUCAUGAGGAGAUUCCACGAGCCACCGCAGACUGGCUAAAAGUUCCUUUCCUCAGCACCCAAAUUCUCAAACCAGAAUUCAUUGGUAUACAGCAGUGUGGACAGACAGAGCCAAUCACACGAAGGAUCAAGAACAUACUCAAAGAGUAUGAUGAGGAACACGAUCUCUUCAAAGAGCUGAUACAAAAUGCAGAAGAUGCUGGGGCAAACACAUGUAGGUUCAUGGUAGAUUUCAGAAAGCACAGAGAUCCUCCAGAGAGCCUAAUAGACCAAGGAAUGUCAGUCUGCCAUGGGGCCUGUCUCUGGUCUUUCAAUGAUGAACUCCUGACAGAGGAAGACUGGGACAACAUCACUAAAGUUGGAUCUGCCUCCAAAGAAAAGAAAGUGGAGAAAAUUGGGAAGUUUGGAAUUGGGUUCAAUGCAGUGUAUCACGUGACUGACAUUCCGUCUGUACUGAGCGGUAAGACUCUUCUUAUAUUUGAUCCAAAUGUAACCCACUUGAAGAAGCACAUACUCAAUAAAGCAAUUCCAGGGAUCAAACUGGACUUAAAUCAUGAAAGGCUGUUUCGUACGUUUCCUGGACAGUUCAAGCCUUAUGAGGGAGUGUUUGAAUGCAAUCUCUCAAGAAACACAGAUAAGAAAUUCUACCAGGGAACGCUCAUUAAAUUACCCUUCCGAACACAGGAGGAGGCUGAGACAUCAGAAAUGAGCAAAAAGGUUUAUGAGGGCAACCGCAUUGUCACUUUUCAAAGAAAAUUCAUUCAGAAUUCUGAUAAUCUUCUGCUGUUCCUGAAGAACAUCAGUGAAAUUUCUCUUCAGAUGUUACCUGAGACUGCUUGCACUCCACCAAACAAUGAAGACAUAAACACUCUCCUCAAAGUCAGCAGGAAAGUUGUGAGGACAGUGAACAUCCCUGAUGAUAACCAUCUGAUAGAGAUCCAGAGAUAUUCUGUAAGUGUGCUGAUAUCACUUGAUGAGAAAUACCAAGGGAUUGUUGAUUGGCAUGCAGCGAACAUCAUUGAGAUGACAAAGGAACAGAUGGAGGAGUCUGAGGUACGGUACUGGCUUCUGUAUUCAUGUUUUGGUUUACAUACCGUAUGUCGCAUGUAUCAGGUGAGAGAAGCAGAGCAGAGAGGCAGAAAUGCAGGGAUUCCAGAUUUGUCACUGCCAGUUGGAGGCGUGGCCAUACCUCUGAGGAAAGACCAGACUCAAAAGUACUGGAUACCUGACAAAGCAGACUUUUUGGGUGAGACAUUUAGUUUCCUCCCACUUUCGAUUGGUUCUGGUCUCCCAGUCCAUGUCAAUGGAUGCUUUGCUGUGACAUCAAACCGAAAAAGCCUUUGGGACACUGGAGCAAAACAUGAAUGGAAUCAGUCUCUACUUAAAGACAGUGUUACCAUUUCAUACAUUACAGCAAUGUUAGUGUUGAAGAAGAUGUCUCAAGCAGGGGAGAUUCGAGAGUACGACUACUAUGCAUUCUGGCCUGACAAGGAGAAAGUCAGCAAACCUUUUGAGUCUUUAGCCACUGCUUUUUACACGGCAAUUGCUGGGGACUUCUUUGGCACUCGGCUGGAGCUCUUCAGCGAUGGGGAAAACUGGUGCGCAUUGGAAAAUGCCAGGUUUUUACAUCCAGAUAUAGAGAAGAACAAGCGCAUUGGACCGGUCGCCAUGCAUGAGUUUCUGCACAAGCUACAAAAGCCAGAACUCCCUGUGGCUCUUCCAAAGUGGGUAAGAAAAAGCUUCAUUUUGGCAGGCUUUGAAAAGGCAGUUGAAGAGAGAACGUUUGACUGGGUUAAAUUCUAUCAGGAAGUAGUGUUUAAGAACCUGAAGGCUAUGGAAUCCAAGAACAGAAAUGCCCUUGUGCUGCACGCCAUUGACAGGGACGAUGAAGCAAUCGAUGCCCUACUGAAACAGCAUCCUUGCAUACCUACGCAAGGGGGACAACAGCUUCAGUUCAUCGGGAAGGUUGUGAACCCGCAGGGAAAAGUGGCAUGCUUGUAUGAAGCAGAGGAAGGUCGUCUACUUGAAGGAACAGUGAAAGAUUUCCUCUCUCCAAAAAGGAUGAGCAGACUGUCAGAGCUCGGCAUGCUGGAAGACUGUCUCCCCUUCAGUGAACUAGCUGAAAGGGCAAAGCGCAUCGCCACUGUAUGGAAGCAAAAUAAAGAAAAGGCAUAUGCUUGCAUUCAGUGUAUCCUGGGCUUAGCAAGUCAUUUCCUGAAUGACAGCUCCUCUCCUCACUGGAAAUCUUUGAAGGAGGUGACAUUUAUCCCAGCUCAACUUCCCUCCAUUAUAACUGAAGGCAAAAAUGACAUGGUCGCACUGAGAAAGCCCACUGAAAUAUAUAGGUAUGAGUGCAGGCACCUGGUUUGCUUGACAGAGCCAAUUGUGGAUCAGUACCAUCUCCUCCCAUCCUUCACACACUGUCAUGACGCAGUCCUCAGCAAACUGGGGGUGACACAAGAACCUCUACUGAAAACAGUUCUUUCACAGCUAAAGGUAGCAUGGCAACAUUCCGCAGAAUUGCCUGAGCAUCUGAUCCUUGAAAUUACCACACAGUGCUACAGAUGGUUAGACCGUUUUCUGCAGAAUCCUAAUUCCAAAUGCAUCUCUAGCUCUGUCCGUGUAACGGCACAACAUUUUCCCUUUGUUUUCAUUGAAAGGGCAUUUGUAAGUGUCAGUUCUGUUGCAAGGAAUGUUGAGUUCGAUGGGAGACCUUACCUGUUUGAACUUCCCAAAGCCUUAUCCAGAUUUAAUCACCUCUGGAAGUGUGUUGGCAUUAAACAGAUGUUUACUUCAACACAGUACUUGAACAUCCUUCAGGAUCUGAACACAAAAUACAAUGGCAGCAAGCUUUCUGAAGCUGAUCUCAAAUUGUGUCUCCAAGUAGUUAUAAACGGGUUGUACAAAACCCAUGAUGAUAAUUUAAGAGAAUAUCACUUGCCAGAUGAGAGCGGAGUGUUACGACUCUCCGGCCAGCUGCGCUACAAUGACACCAAAUGGUUGUCUCCUCCAGAAGGUGUCAUUUUGUGCCAUGACCUCAUACCUCGCGGAGUUGCAGUCCAGCUGAAGGUGAAGACCACACGGCAUCACACACUGGAAAAUCACCUGGUUGAAACCUUCUCACCCUUUGAUUUCAAAGAGUUUGAACAAAAGGAGAAACUGACAGUCCGUCUCAAGAACAUCAUCGCAGCAUAUCCAAGCAAAAAGGAUAUCUUGAAAGAACUCAUACAGAAUGCUGACGAUGCUGAAGCAACUGAGAUUCAUUUUGUUUGGGACUGCAGGAAACAUGACACCACAAAAACAUUUGGAGAAAAAUGGAAUCCACUGCAAGGUCCAGCACUGUGCGUUUACAACAACAAGGUUUUUUCUGAUGUGGAUCUGAAUGGCAUUCAGCAGCUAGGAGAAGGUGGAAAACACAGCAACCCACAGAAAACAGGAAAGUAUGGACUCGGGUUUAACUCCGUCUACCAUCUGACGGACUGCCCUUCAAUUCUGACCGGAGACAAGUGGCUCUGCAUUUCUGACCCAAAUAUGAACUUUUUGGAAUCGGAAAAGCGAGGCUGUAUGUAUUCUGUGACACCGCAGUUCAUACAGUUGUGUAAAGACGUGUAUGAUGCACAUCUUCCAUCAUUUUUUCCUCUCGGUGUUGGUACCAUGUUCAGGUUGCCCAUCAGGACAGGAGAAAUGGCUCAGUCCUCUGAAAUAUCCAACAAGGAAGUCACCAUUGCAGACAUACAAGAGAUUUAUGGUGCACUAGCUGAAGACCCAGAGGGUUUAAUUCUCUUUUUGAGAAAUGUUAAAAAAAUACAAUUCCAUACAAUCACACCUGUGGGGAGAGCUUUCUGCUGCCUGCCCUUACCAGGGAAGACCGGGCUCCCAGUGCAUGUUAACGGAAACUUUGAAGUAGACGCUUCCAGAAGAGACCUGUGGAAAGAGGACUGCAAGAGCAUGAAGACAGAAUGGAAUGAGUUCCUGAAACUGCGUGUCAUUGCACCUUUGUAUGCUGACCUUCUGGAUUACAUUCGCUCUAACAUCUUAAAAAUUCAGACGCAGUAUCUGUCCCUGGAUAAGCUGGGGAGGGAUUUGCAUUCAUCUUAUUUAGCAUUCUUCCCUCAUAUUUCAAGUGAUGUGGCCCAAGAAUGGCAGGGAAUGAUACACAGGGUUUACCAGUCCAUCAAUGACAGAGAGCUGAGGAUGAUGCCAGUCUUGCAUAUAUUACCUCCAUCAGUGAUAAGAGUGAUAGGCUCUUACAGUGUCAGCUGGAGCUGCAUCUCAGCUGCAGACCCAGCUGAAGCACCUCAUUUCACAGGUGAGCAUACUGAGAGUCUCCAUCGUACCCUGGAGGGUAUCGGAAUGAAACUGAUCCCCUUUUCACAGAGUAUGAAUGAAAUAUCCAACAGUUUCCAGAGAGCAGGCAUUGAAGUCAGAAAAGUCAGUCCCGUAGCAGUAAGGAACUACCUGAAGCAGAGAGGCGUGAGUGAUCCACAGAAGACAGAGGAAGAUUUGCCUCUGUCAAUCAGCCAGACGUUAGUCAAAGACAAAAUGACAUGCCAAACGUUGCUGGAUUACUGCAUGGGGGACAUUAGUAAGAGAAACUCAGACUCUGUGUGUGGAUUACCUCUCCUCCUCACUCAGGAUCAGGUUCUGCGCUCUUUUGAAGCUAGAAAUCCCAAAUUCUUGUCAAGGUUUGUUUGUCUGUUCGAAGGAUCAGAGAGCAUAUUUGCAGAAUACGACACUAACUGCAACCAUUUUGAUGUUCUGAAACACAGCAACUUCCUGAGAGAGCUGACAGUUCCUGUUUCAGCUAAAUAUCUCAACAGUGUUCUAAAGACGCUCCUGCAGAACUGUGAAGUUGACCCCAAAUCCUCACUCUACAUUCCAGAUGAGGAUUUUUGUAAGUGGCUGAAGAUGUUAUGGAUGUACAUUGAGGAUCAAAUAAGAAUCACAACCACAAAAGACAGAAAAAGCAACCAGGUCUUCAGCGACACAAAGAGACUGUUCUCAGAUUCCCCAAUUGUUCCUGUGCUCUGCCCAACUCAAAACAACAGACGUUUGUUGGACACAAUGGCAGCGCUGUCCAGCAUUGUGUUCAUGUCACUGGAGGAUGUAGCAGGCAUUCUCUUUAAACUUGGAUUUAUGAAGCUGGACACUUCAUUCUUCUCCAUUGAAAUUCUGCAGUGCCACAUAAUACCAGGACAGUUAAAUGCAUCUGACAGAGGAGCUGUACUGCAACAGCUAUAUGAAAGGCAAAAUCUGCCAUUCAAUCAGCUGAAAAAUGGAGAGUUGAAUCAGCUUCUCAGUUUUCUGCUGCCUGGAUUAAAGGGUUCCAGAAAUCCAAAGGAUUAUGAAAGAAAGCUCAAGUCACUGCCACUUUUUGAAACAAUUGAAAGAACUCGUCAAAGUAUCGAUGGAUACAGGAGAGCAUUCAUUUUCAACACUGAACUUAUGGGCCAAUUUCCAGAUUUAUACUUUCUGAAUGAUGACACAGUUUUCCUUAGGUAUAAUGCCACCAACCUAGCCCUGUCCAAUGAGAUGCACAUCAAUGUUGUGAAUGAUGUGGAGUUCUUUGUGGACUUCAUUUUGCCUUCUCUCAACAAACUCACAGAAGCCCAGGUACUCAAUUCUGUACGAAUGUUGUUGGAAAUACAACAGAAUUACUCAGAAUACAUAAAACACAAAAAUCACAUCCUUUCCAUACUCAGAAGAAUACCGUUCAUUAAGGACAUCUUUGGCAAACUUCAGAUGGCCUCCUACUUCUUUGAUGAGGAGGAAAACAUAUACCAGGUCAUGCUGCCACAGGAACGAUUUAUUCCCACUGAGUUUUGGAACAUUAUGGGAUGCAAGCGAAACAGACUCAAAAACCUGCUGAAGGAGCUGGGGCUGAAGCAUGUUGUUUCAGACGAGGAGCUGAUUCAAUUCGCACAGCAAAUAGAAGUGGGUGCAAGAGGGACCGCUCCUCUCGCUACACUGAAACACAGAUCAGCAGUGCUACUCGAGACUGUUUUGAUUAAAAAUCAAAAAGAGAUGAAUCCAGCAUUUCUGAGACACAUAUCUAGGAUCCAGUUCAUCUUUCCUCAGCAAAUACAAGAGGAGCUGUGCAAAUACCACAGACCGUAUGCAGGAGAGCGAGACACUGUUGCAAUGCAGGGCUCUCUGAUUGAAAGAGACUCGCGCUACAAACUUCUGAUUUGGACGUCUAUGCCAGUGUUGCCAUCAGAUAACAUCACUGCGCAUCACAGUGAAAUUCUAAGGGCUGGGGGGGCUGUAAACCAACCCCCCACUGAAAGGGUCAUUGAGAACCUAAAGAACAUCUGUACAGCAUCAUGUCAGACUUUUGACCACCUACACACAAGACUCAAAGUUUUUUAUCACUCGUAUGCAUUCCUACAGGAGAUGGAUUUUGAUGCUGGUCCCCUGAGGGAACUCCCUGUGGUGCUGGUAGAAGAAGGAGCUGCUCUGGUGAAACCAGGCCACACAGUGCUGAUGGUGCACAAUGCUGUAGAGUUCAGGCCUUAUUUGUACAAGCUUCCUCCCAGGCUGGCCCUUUACAUUGACUUCUUUCACAAGAUUGGCGUAGCAGAGACGCCCUCAGGAAAGCACUAUAGCAGUGUCCUGAAAGAGAUUCACAGAGACUCCACCAACAAGCAGACACUCAAUCCCAAUCAGAUGAAAACAGUCAAAAGAACAGUUGAGCAGCUUUUCCUCCUGUUGAAAGAGAAACCGCAGCAAAUGCCGAAGCUUUCUCCUCCCUUACACCUUCCUGCAACAGAUGGAAGAUUAUAUGAAUCAAGCACACUGUAUUUCAAUAACACUUCUUUCCAGCCCAGAAGGUUUGAGGAUACCUUAAAACAGAAGCUGAAACUCUUAGAAAAACUUAGUAAGUGUCAUCUGGGAACUGAUUGCUAUGAACAUCAGAAGCUGGUGCAGUUGCUGCCCAGCGAGGUCCGUCCUCACCUGCUCUCUGAGUUAAUGACAGAAGACCUCCUGCAAUCCAGUGUGAAACUGUGUGAGUACAGGGAGCGCUGUGAGUUCAGGGAAUGUUUUGAAAGACACCUGACGUCUCCCUCUUUUCUGCAUGGCCUUGUCUGCCUCAUAAGACACCAGUGCAGAGGCACAGUGUCCGAGAGUGCAGCCGUCAGCAUGUGUCAGAGCAUCUUCAGCAGAAUUCAGAUCACCUGCUGUGAAGUCCUGGAGACAGUGCUGCUGCUGAAGCUGGAGCCGCUGGCAGACACCGCUGCUGAAACACAGGUGUACGUGAAGCGGGAUGCAGGGGUUUGCACCUUCUAUCUGAAGCACAGCAAUGACCUGACUGUGAAAGUUAGGAGUCAGAUCAACAAGUGUUUAACUACAGAGAUUAAUGUUCUUUUGAAUACAGGUUUGAACUCAGAUUCACUCCUUAUUCUGAGCCAACUGCUGUGCUGUGACACUAUGCAGGAUGUAAAUACAGUGUUAGAGAGCCAGGGAAUUCAGGACAGCUCUGCUGGAGAGAGCUGCCACAGUGGACUGCCAGACCCAGGGACUCCCAUUCCUGACGAGUGGAUCGACUUCCUUGACAUGGACUUUCUGAACAAUUUUGAAAAGGGGGAGUAUGUCGGCUUCAAGAGGCCGUCACUCGAGGACGAGGUCUACUGUUACGCUUUUGUUGUGGAUCGGCUGGACGCCUCAUCAAACCAGGGAGGCCCAGCUUCAUGUCGAUACAAAAUACAGACAGGGCCAGACGAGCUGAUCGAGGUAAGCGCACUCGAUCUCUAUCAGUUCAAAAGGGCAAAGAGACUGCCUUCAGCUGAAAACACCUGCAGGGACCUUGUUCUGUUGGAGAACAUUCGACAGACCUCACCUCCACCUCCAAACAGAGCUCCCCUGCAGUCCCUGGAGGAGAUCAAAGAAGAAAUCGACAGGUGUCUGAGACAGAUAUGGCCCCUGCCAGAAGAGGAGAAGCGGAAAGCCAUCAGACGUCUUUACCUGAAGUGGCAUCCAGAUAAAAACCCAGAGUGUGUCCACCUUGCCACAGAGGCCUACAAGUACUUAAAAAAGAGGAUCCAAGAGCUGGAGCAAGGAAAGAUGGAAGAGAACCGGAGCAGCGGUUACAGAGGAUUUUUCCAGCAAUGGGACCAGGAAGCAUCUCGUCAUCGGAGAGCGAGGGCAACAUUCCAGCAGCACUUUUCCUCACAGGAGCACAGCUUCUGGGCCUUUCACAGGGGCGCGAGGCCCAGGCCGGACCGGGAGGAAGCCCAGCGCUGGCUCAGGCAGGGGCAGUGUGACCUCUCUGCCGCUCGGAAGGACACGGGGGGCGGGGCCACAGAGUGGUGCCUUUUUAAGGUGCACCAGGCCGUGGAGAAGGCCCUGACCGCAGCAGAGUACAGGAAGACGGGGCAGCAGCCGACUGACUGCACCAUCGCCAGCCUGGCACAGAGAGUGUCCCGCUCCAGUGCUGGGCUGGGCGCUGUGCCCAGCAUGGUGAGCCGGCUGAGGCAGCUAGGUGUGGAUGCAAAGAGAACACAGUACCCCAGCUACCAUCCCUCCCCAUACAUUCCCAACGAGUGCUUCAACUCUCAGGAUGAAACAAAGGUGCUAGACCUUGCAGAUGAGCUUCUCACCUUAAUCAAAGCAUACAUUUCUGAAUAA